AGCGGAGCCCAAGACGGCGGAUGAACGGAGUCGAGCGUGUGUGUCGCCCUCGUCGUUUUUUACAGCAGCCGAAAGCAGCGUCCGGCAGCCCGAAGCCUGCCCGAAAAUGAUGCUCAAACUCGUCCAUCUCCUCGGCGUGCUCGUCUGCGGCGGUCAAGCUGCCCUGCAGGUGUCCAUAUCCUUGAACAAAGUGGAGUUAAGUGUCGGAGAGUCCAAAUUCUUCAUCUGCACAGCUAUCGGCGAGCCGGUGAGGCUGGAAUGGUACAACCCCCAGGGCGAGCGCAUUGUGCCCUCCAAGCGGAUGGCGCUCCACACGGAGACGUCACGAUCCAGGCUCAUCAUUUACAACGCCAUCAUCGAGGACGCGGGUAUCUACCGCUGCCAGGCCACAGACGCCAAUGGUCACACCGAGGAGGCCUCUGUUGUGCUGGAGAUCUACCAGAGGCUGACGUUUCAGGAUGUUCAGUCACCGCAGGAGUUUCGCCAUGGUGAGACAGCGGAGGUGGUGUGUGAUGUCAUUAGUUCACCGGUGCCUGUGGUGGUGUGGUACUACCAGGAUAAGGAAAUCACCGAGGAGCACCACAGCAAGUUCCAGGUGCUGGCAAACAACAACCUACAGAUCCAUCAGGUGACCAAGGCUGAUGAGGGCGUGUACCGUUGUGAGGCUAGCGUAGAGGCUCGUGGGGAGAUCGAUUUUGUGGACAUUGCUGUGGUGGUCAACGUCCCUCCGGUGUUGUCAGUGUCCCAGCAGUCCUUCAAUGCCACAGCUGACUACCAAGAAUCAGUCACCUUUACUUGCAUCACCUCUGGAUCUCCUGACCCCGUGGUCACAUGGCACAGGAAAGGGCAGCAGCUGGAGCCAUCAGAGCAGUAUAUUUUCACCAGGCUGGAGGGUGGGCGUAGCAUGUUAACUAUCCGCAACAUCCGACAGGGCGACGGGGGUACCUACUCCUGCAAGGCCACCAACAAAGCAGGAUCUCAGGAAAAAGAGCUCUUCCUCAAAGUGUUCGUCCAGCCCCAUAUCACCCAGCUGAAAAACGUGACAGCCGUGGAGGGCAGCGCUGCCAUGAUCUCCUGCGUGGCUGAGGGCGAGCCUCUGCCCGACAUUUCCUGGAGGAGAGCCAGCGACGGCCAGACCUUCGUGGACGGAGACAAGAGCCAGGACGGCCGUUUUGAAGUGCGUGGUCGUCAUGGCAAGUCGGUGUUGGCAAUCAGCGGUGUGAGGCUCGCCGACUUGGGUCGCUUUGACUGUGAGGCACUCAGCAGGAUCGGAGGUCAUCAGAAGAGCAUGUUCCUGGACAUUGAGUAUAUACCAAAGUUCCUGACCAAUCACACCAUCUAUUAUUCGUGGGAGGGGAACCCGGUGAACAUAAGCUGUGAUGUGAUGUCCAACCCUCCUGCGACCAUGCUGUGGAGGAGAGAGCGCUUCACCAUCUCUGCAGAGGGAACCGCCAACACGCGAGUACACAGUGCAGAGGGCAAGUCUGUGCUGGAGGUGACCCCUAUGUCCGACAGGGACUUUGGCCGCUACAACUGCACGGCCAGGAACAACAUUGGAGUUCGAUACCAGGAGUUCAUUCUGGCCCAGGCAGAUGUACCAUCAAAUCCAUACUCGGUGCGUCUGUCAGCUGUCUCCCAGCGCUUGGCGACCGUCACCUUCAUGAAGCCCGACUCGCAUGGCGGCGUGCCCAUCAGCUACUACCUGGUCCAGUACAAGGAGGUGGGCUCACAAGACUGGAGGGACGUCAAGUCACACAGUGUCCAGACGACAGUGGUGCUGACAGGACUUGAGCCCAACACAACGUACGAGGUUCGAGUGGCAGCUGUCAACGGGAAAGGUCAGGGGGAGUUCAGCCACACGGAGACCUUCCAGACUUUACCCAUCCGAGAGCCGAGUCCACCGGCGGUCCACGGGCAGAGAGGAAUGGGCAAGGCCUACAGGCUGGGCCUGGUCAAGCAGGACGAUGGAGGGAUGCCCAUCGUGGAGUAUAUAGUCAAGUACAAGACUGAUAAAGAGGAGCAGUGGAUGACCAAGCUAGUUCCAGGAGCGAAUGAUUUUGCAAUUCUUCAGCCGCUGCAGUGGAACACAAGAUAUGAAGUGGAAAUCACAGCGCGCAACGUCAAGGGCCUGUCAGAGCCUACCUUCUAUCAGUUCUUCAUGCCACAGAAACCCGACAUUACAGCAGAAUCCCUGUUCAGCGGCCUGGGCCUGGGGGCGGUGGUGGGCCUCGGCUUGGGAGCACUGCUGCUGCUCCUCGUGCUGGUGGACGUCAGCUGCUUCUUCCUGCGUCACUGCGGCCUGCUGAUGUGCAUCACGCGCACGCUGUGCAGCAAGAAAACAGCUACCAGCGGCAAAGGCAAAGAAAUAGAGGAGGGCAAGGCCGCCUACCUGUACACCUACAACAGCUGCCCAGUCACCCUUUCAACCACAGAAGCUACCGCUGAAGGAAGAAAAUGGGAAGGAGUCUCUCAAGCCGGAUACGAUUGAAAUCAAAGUGCACAGUGACAACAGCAUCCACACAAAGCCCGACGACAGCAAAGCGUAAAAAAAAAAAAAGAAAAAAAAAAAAAGGGUCGGUCCCCUCGCCACCAAAAGAACAUUCGGAUCACGAGACCAAAACCCAGAGAAACUACAACACUGGAAAAUAGUGGAGUAAAAUACCAUAUCUGUUUAUAACAAUGCCCCAGUGAAAGGCAUGUGUAAAUACAAAAUACUAGAGAGAAAAUAGAAAGGAAGAAAGGGUCAAACUUUUCGACACCUUGAGUGAUAAAUGUAUCAUGUUCUUAUAAACAUGGCAUUAGUGGAAGGCUCCUGUUGAUCAAUGAUUGUAGAUUAUUUUUUGCUUUUGUUUGGCUCAGUUUUUGUUGUGUGUUUGACUAUUUUUUGUACACGUCUUUCUUUUUACACCCCAGAUAAGACUUACAUGCCGUUAAAUGGUGAUAAGCCCCCUUCUAUGACGUCUCACACAAAAGACACAGACACAAAUGCAGGCGCAAGCUAGUAUUGCCAGUGUGCCCCUGAGCUCGCACCACUAAUGCUCUUGCUUUCUUUCUGUCGGAGCGAAUGCAUGGGCCAACCCCUCGCCGCGGGAUAUCACAAUGAUUUAAGCCCAAUCGCCUGUUUCCAUGCCUGAGUGUAACACCACAGCAACCUUUUUAUGCCUUUAACAGCCGAGCUAGGUGUCUGGCUAAUGAGAGGCAAAUGCUGGAGCACUGUGUUUCAAGCAAGCUGGCUUCAAUAACAAAAGGUGAACCACUCCUAAUGAGGUUUGCGGCUUCAGGAAAAACUUGACUACAGGGUCACGUGAAAGGCAUUUGAUCCCGGUAACAUUUAAGGGGUGAAAACGUGUGUCAAACAGAGCCUAAUCAUUAAUUAUUAAGAAGAAUUUGAUAUUUGAUAUUCGAUGAUUGAUUUUGUGGAUUAUAGUUUGUGUUGCAGCAAAACAAACUUCAAAAUAUUCAAAAAUCUUGUCAAAAAGAAAGACCGUGUUGAUGUCUAUGGACUAUACAGUAUAAUCGAACACACGUGCAUUGAUGUAACUGUUGGCAAAGCCUUUUACAUUGACACCGAAUAUUGUUGACACUCUUCAGCUGUCUCAUUCUCUAACAAUAUGUGCAUAAGUAUGUUUUACUCAUCAUCAUGAUCAAACUGCAGACAGUAUACCGUUGCCAGAGGGGUUAACUGUACCGCCAGCCCACUUGUUCUUUGGUCUACAACUUGAAACAAUUAUACUUUCGUGCUGAAAGGCGUCUCCACAAAUGCCCUGAAUGGCGUCGUGAAUCAUAGGACUCAAGGCAUGGGAACAAACGAGUAUGCUGAAAAGAUAUGAAUCAACAUGUGUGUCAUGUAUGUUUUUGACAUUAAACGUUGGGUUUCUUUAUUCAUUCCUGUAUCAGAUCUGCCUCAGAUGCAUUUUUUUUUUUUUUUAAACCUUUUUGGUUUCUCAGUCUGAUUGCUAUUCUCUCUGAUGUUGUCAUGUGUUGUACAUAGGUGAAAAAAAAAGAGUAUUUUACAAAGCUUUUAUGUAAAUAUACCCUAAAGGAUGUGUCUUUUUUCAAAAUGCAACAGGCUUUUUUUGUGAACGCUCCUCAGAUGAAAAGCUGUUUUCUUUUUUUCCUUUCCUUCUUAUGUUGUGUUUUGGUCCAAAGUUCAGUGAUGGUGUAAUAUUGCUUUUUCUAGUCAUUUUCUUUCCCUUAAGAAAAUCCAUGCCCUAAAGCUAUUUCACGGCAUUUCAGUGGAGGCAGUAAUUACGGCAUUAGUGUGCCUUCUCUUUCUUUUUUUUUUCCUCCCCCCUUGUGGCCCAAUGCCGUUGAAGCAGUAUAGACCAUCAGAUUAAUUUUUGAUCAUGAGGCUGGUGUUUGUUUUGCCACAGAAGAUUGUCAGAGGAAUGAAUUUUAUUGUGAUGCUGUGAAUUCUGGGAAAUGUAGUUGUAGGACUGUGGGUUGUAGUCGCCGGAAACUGGACAAAAACAGACGUGUAUAACUACCUAGUACAACUAGAUGUCAGGUCGAUGCUCUAAGUCUCGAGUACAAAGUAUGGUGAUGUGCUACAGAAAUCUGGUUUUAAUGCCAUGUAAUGCAUCAUCACGUGUGUGUGUGUGUGUGUGUGUGUCUGUGUGUGUGUGUCUGUGUGUGUGUGUGUGCGCAUACAUGCAUGAGUGGGUGAAUACACUUGUCUACAUGAAUCAGGUUGCAUGUAUGUCUGUUGAAUGUAUCUGCACGUACUGUAAGUCACUCUGUGUGUAUGUUUGUGGGUGUGUGUCUGUGCCCGUUCUGAUUUUUCACAGUAAGAGUCUCCCGGUUACAAAUAAGACACUAAAUGAGAGAGUUGAAAACUCAAUAUCUUGCUUUUCUGCCGUUUAUUUUGUUAUAAUUGACUUGUUAAUUUUGUUAACUAUUUAUAUUAGAUUAAAGUGCGGUAUUGAGUACACUUUCCAGCUCCAUGAUACAUCACGCGGCCCGUCAAAGUCGUAUAGGCUAGGAUGACCACAUGCCAAGUAUGAAUAUCAAAGCGCUAUGAGUGUGCGAGUGUUUCUCUUUGAGUGUGGAGUGAGUUGGCAAGAGCUCUCACGCUGAGUUUCGGAGUGUGCUCUGAUAGGUAAAACCUGAUUAUGUAGUUCUCGACAGUGAUUAAUUCCCCAGGCUGCAGCACUCCACGCAUGUGUCUGUGAGCCCCACUGCCGCCGCCGCCACCACCCCCUCGCCGCUAUUCCCUGCCUCCCAGACACAUUUGUUUUUAUCUCAGACCUCGUAGCACUGGCUUUGUUUUCUCACAGCGAGCCCUUGUACCUGCAUAUCUAAAAUGGAUGGGCCUGCCAUGGAGUGGUUCUGCUGCCCGUUACGAUGACUGUAAAUAUGGGAGCACAGUGCCUGGAGGCUAUACGAUUUGUACAUGUUCUUUUGUAUUUGAAUAUGAGUCUAAAUCCCCAAACCACCCCCCACACUGCCCUCCUUUCCCCUCCUCUCCCCUCUUGUCCUCCCUUCCUCUCUGUCUCCUCCACCAUGCCUUUUUCUGUAGGGGGUAAAACAGGUGUGUUUGAGCUCAGUGUACAGUAUGUGUCCUCUUUGUCCCCAUGCUCCCUGUGUCCCCUUGGACCGUCCCCGCUGAGUUUGCUUUGUGCAGGAGGUGGGAACUAUUGAUGUCUCUCUGUACGUACCU